AUGCACUUCACUUCGCUCUUUGCCAGGGCUCUCGCCGGCGCGGCCAUCGUCUCUGCUCAUCCUGGUCACGACCAUGAGGCCGAGCUGGCAGCUCGCGGGGCGAUGCUAAGCCGCUUCUCCCGCCGGGACCUCAGCCACUGCGCCGAGAAGAUCAAGGCCCGUGGCCUGCACGCUCGCUCUGUCAAGAGACGUACCGCACUGGCGGCCGAUCUCAUGAAGGAGGCGCACCUCCGAGCCCGCGAUCUUGACUCUCUGCUCAACACCACGCACCACUCAACCGGGUGCUAUACCAUCAAGACGCCGCCGAGCGAGAUAUUCGCGGCCAACAACUCGUGCAUCCUGAGCCCAGAGGUGACCGAGGGACCGUACUACGUCGCUGGCGAGUAUAUUCGCCGCGAUGUGGUUGAGAGCCAGAAGGGGGUCAACCUCACGCUGGAUAUCCAGGUCCUGGACACGGAGACGUGCGAGCCAGUCACCGGCGCGUUCCUCGAGAUCUGGCACACCAACGCCACGGGCGUGUACUCGGGCGUGGCCGCGGCGGGCAACGGCAACAGCGACGUCGACACGUCCAACAUCAACGCCACGUACCUACGCGGCGUGCAGCAGACGGACACCGACGGCGUCGUCCAAUUCGCCACGCUCUUCCCGGGCCACUACACGGGUCGCGCGACGCACAUUCACGUCAUGGUGCACACCGAGGCGACGGCACAGGCCAACGGCACGCUGCUCGACACGACGGCGUCGCACGUGGGCCAACUCUUCUUCGACCAGGAGCUGAUCGGGCAGGUCGAGACGUCGAGCCCGUACGCGACCAACACGCAGGCCCUCACGACCAACGCCGAGGACAGCAUCCUGGCUCAGGAGGCCGCCACCGGCGACCCCUUCCUCGAGUACGUGCUGCUGGGCUCUGCUAUUGAGGACGGCCUACUCGGCUGGAUCAGCUUCGGCAUCAAUUCGACCCUGCACCGCGAGGUCUCCGCUGCUGCUACUCUUACUGAGGACGGCGGUGUCGCCAAUUCCAAUGCCGAACCCUCCGGUGGCACUGGCGGCCCGCCCCCGACUGGCGGCUUCCCCAGCGCCCCUGGCUCGACUGGCGGCUUCCCCGGCGCCCCUGGCUCAACUGGCGUUCCCACGGCCACGGCCACGGCCCCUGUCUAAGUGCAGACGGUGCCUAGAGGGUGUCUGCCAAGCCAGAGAACGACGAGACAUCAUGAGGCGUGCUAGUUGGAUUUGGUUGUGCUGGCUGCUCGUGAUAGAGUGAGCUCAGAGUCACAGAGACAUAAGUUGCGUGCGGGUCUGUCUUC